AUGGCCUCGCCGAGGACAGUAACCAUCGUCGCUCUUUCUUUUGCACUCGGCCUCUUUUUCGUUUUCAUGGGAACGAUUAAACUUACACCACGAUUAAGCAAAGAUGCUUACAGUGAAAUGAAAAGGGCAUAUAAGAGUUAUGCAAAGGCUCUUCCAGGUUUGAAGAAGUUGGGCAUCAGCUCAGUGCUCCUCCGCAAGAUAAUUGGCACUGUUGAAGUGGCGUGUGGUGUGGUCCUGACACUUGUGCCUGGGAAACCGAAGGAUGUUGCAAACUUCCUGCUGCUGCUGGUCAUGCUAGCUGUGCUGUUCUUUCACCAGCUAGUUGGUGAUCCUCUGAAACGCUAUGCCCAUGCACUGGUGUUUGGCAUUCUACUCACCUGCCGCCUCCUGAUCGCACGCCAGAGUGAUGACCGACCUGAGCGAGAGGAACGACGAGAAGAACAGGGUAACGCUCAGGAAAAGAACAAAAUCAAAGUUUCUUAG